GGUUUGCUGAUUGGUCCCCAUCUGCUCCCGCACCGGCUGCUUCCUGUAGAGCCCAUGCCUUCCGGAGGGGUUCUGGUUGUCGGUGGUUAGAGUAGGUUUGUAACAUUUAGGGGGGUCGUUAAAGAGGCACCCCCAUUUCCUUCUGUCCCCGUCCCCGAUAUAAUAAACACAGCUCAGCUUUCCACACCCAACAGCACUGCCGGGGCGAGGCGGGAGGCUGCAAGACGCGCUAUGGACCCCCAGCCGCCCAAGGGAAAGAACCAAGGCCGGCUGCUCGUCUCCUCGAACCUGGAUGCGAAGGAUGAGCUGGAAGAGAGGCUGGACAGGUGCGCGGCUGUCGUCACGUCGCUGAUAAACGGGCUGUCUGAACGCGAGGCCAACGAUGCCCUCACCGCACACGUGUGUAAGGGCGCUCAGCAGCACGAGGAGGUGUGUCUGGGACUCUUCUCCAUCCUGCUGGCAGAGCCGACACAAGCACAGAGGAGCUACAGGGACCUGACGCUGGUCAACAGGGACGGUAUGAACAUCGUCCUCAUAAAGAUCAACCAGCUCCUCAUGGAGAAGUUCCUGAAGCUGCAGGACACCUGCCGCACACAGCUGGUGUGGCUGGUGAAGGAGCUGGUGAAGAGUGCCGUGCUGGGGGCAGACGGGGUCUGCAUGACUCUCAUGAAGCAGAUAGCAGGAGGAGACGUGUCUCCGAAGAAUAUCUGGUUAGCUGAAAAUGUCCUCGAUAUUCUAGUGGAGCAGAGGGAGUGGGUGCUGAAGAGUGGGAUGCUGGUCGCCAUGUCGGUGUACACCUACCUGCGCCUCAUCGUGGAUCACCACGGCACCCCCCAGCACCAAACACUGCGGCAGAAAGAGGUGGACUUCUGUGUGGGGCUGCUGAGAGAGAGGUUCAUGGACUGCUAUAUCAUGGGCAGGGACCUGGUGCGGCUCCUGCAAAACGUGGCCCGCAUCCCAGAGAUGGAGUUGCUGUGGAGAGACUUGCUGCACAACCCCCAGGCACUCAGCCCGCAGUUCACAGGUAUCCUGCAGCUGCUCACGUCUCGGACGUCCCGGAAGUUCCUGGCGUGUCGCCUGACCCCCGACAUGGAGACAAAGUUGCUGUUCAUGACCUCGCGGGUCCGGUUCGGGCAGCAGAAGCGGUACCAGGACUGGUUCCAGCGGCAGUACCUGUCGACUCCAGACAGCCAGUCCCUGCGCUGCGAUCUGAUUCGCUACAUCUGCGGGGUCGUGCACCCGUCCAACGAGGUGCUGAGCUCCGACAUCCUCCCUCGCUGGGCCAUCAUCGGCUGGCUGCUGACAACCUGCACGUCGAACGUGGCUGCCUCAAAUGCUAAGCUGGCUCUCUUCUACGAUUGGCUGUUCUUCAACCCGGAGAAAGACAGCAUCAUGAACAUCGAGCCUGCUAUCCUGGUCAUGCACCACUCCAUGAAGCCACACCCAGCCAUCACUGCCACCCUGCUGGACUUCAUGUGCCGGAUCAUCCCCAAUUUUUUCCCGUCCCUGGAGGGUCAUGUGCGGCACGGCGUUUUCAACUCCCUCACGUUCAUCGUGGAGAAGAGGGUGCUGGCACACCUGGCCCCGCUCUUUGAUAACCCCAAGCUGGACCGGGAGCUGCGAGCCAUGCUGAGGGAGAGGUUCCCCGAGUUCUGCAGCUCCCCCUCGCCCCCCACGGAAGUGAAGAUGGAGGAGUCCGUUGCCAUGGAAAUGGACAAUCACGUGUCCGACAAGGAGGACGGUUGCUAUGACAACACGGAGGCUGCCUUCAGUGAUGAUGAGGAGGAACUGCACAACAAAGGUAAAAAGAGGGAGUUUCGCUUCCAUCCAAUUAAGGAAGCCAUUAUUGAGGAGCCUGCUGACAUCACGCCCUAUGUGGACCAAUUGGACGAGACCCUGAAGGAGAAAGUUCUGCAGCUUCAGAAAGGAAGUGACACCGAGGCGCAGUGUGAAGUGAUGCAGGAGAUUGUGGAUCUCAUUCUGGAGGAGGACUUUGACUCUGAGCAGAUGUCCACGCUGGCCUCCUGCCUGGCCGAGCUCUUCAAGGGACACUUCAGAGGAGACGUCCUGCCUGACGAGAUCACGGAGGAGUCUCUGGAGGAGUCUGUUGGCAGGCCUGUCUGUUUGAUAUUCAGGAACCUGUGUCAGAUGCAGGAGGAUAACAGUGGCUUCAGUGUGCUCCUGGACAUGCUGGCUGAGCUCUAUCAGAAACAGCCUAAGAUCGGAUACCACCUGCUGUACUACCUGAAGGCCAGCAAGGCAGCGGCUGGUAAGAUGCUGCUGUACGAGUCGUUUGCCCAGGCCACGGCGCUGGGUGACCUGCACACCUGCCUCAUGAUGGAUAUGAAGGCGUGCCAGGAGGAUGACGUGAGGCUGCUGUGCUACCUGACCCCCUCCAUCUACUCCGAGUUCCCCGAUGAGACGCUGCGCAGCGGAGAGCUCCUCAACAUGAUCGUGGCCGUCAUCGACUCCACACAGCUCCAGGAGCUGAUGUGUCACGUCAUGAUGGGAAACCUGGUGAUGUUCCGCAAGGACUCUGUCCUCAACAUCCUCAUUCAGAGCCUGGACUGGGAGACGUUUGAGCAGUACAGCACAUGGCAGCUCUUCCUGGCUCACAACAUCCCUCUGGAGACCAUCAUCCCCAUUCUGCAGCACCUCAAGUACAAAGAACACCCUGAAGCCCUGUCGUGUUUACUGCUGCAACUCAGAAGAGAAAAGCCCAGCGAGGAGAUGGUAAAGAUGGUCCUGAGCCGGCCCUGCAACACUGAAGACCAGUUCACCACCAGUAUACUGCGGCACUGGGCAGCCAAGCACGAGGAUCUGCUGUCUGAACACAUCAAAGCACUGCUGAUCAAGAACAACAGCCUGCCGCGCAAGCGACAGAGUUUGAGGAGUUCCAGCAGUAAACUGGCCCAGUUGACUCUAGAACAGAUACUGGAGCACCUGGAUAACCUGCGACUCAGCCUGAGCAACACCAAGCAGAGCUUUUUCAAUCAGACCCCGAUCCUACAGGCACUGCUGCAUGUCCAGGCAAGCUGUGACGAAGCCCACAAGAUGAGGUUCAGCGAUCUGUUUUCAUUGGCCGAGGACUACGAGGACUCCUCAUCCAAGCCAAUCAAGUCGCGGAGGAAGGCAGCCAUGUCGAGUCCACGGAGCCGUAAGGGACCCACGCAACCCAUGAGCAACGAGGAGGAGACGGGGAGCAGCAGCGCAUCGGACGAAGAGGACACCAAGCCCAAGGCUUCAAAGAGAAAAAGGAAAGGCUCGACCCCUGUGGGAUCAGACAGCGACUGAUGAGAGGCCCAGCCCAUUGCCACACCCAGGCCCCACCCACCACCACCACAGAGAGACUGCCCCCCAGAGCCAGACCCCUCCCCCUGGAGCUAGAGACACUCCACCCACCACCGCAGAGAGACUGCCCCCCAGAGCCAGACCCCUCCCCUUGGAGCUAGAGACUGACUCCACCCACCACCACAGAGAGACUGCCCCCCAGAGCCAGACCCCUCCCCCCUGGAGCUAGAGACUGACUCCACCCACCACCACAGAGAGACUGCCCCCCAGAGCCAGACCCCUCCCCCCUGGAGCUAGAGACUGACUCCACCCACCACCACAGAGAGACUGCCCCCCAGAGCCAGACCCCUCCCCCCUGGAGCUAGAGACUGACUCCACCCACCACCACAGAGAGACUGCCCCCCAGAGCCAGACCCCUCCCCCCUGGAGCUAGAGACUGACUCCACCCACCACCACAGAGAGACUGCCCCCCAGAGCCAGACCCCUCCCCCUGGAGCUAGAGACUGACUCCACCCACCACCACAGAGAGACUGCCCCCCAGAGCCAGACCCCUCCCCCCUGGAACUGAGCCAGUAAAACUCCACCCACUGCAUCUGGACAGACAUGGACAGCAGUGUGAGGUGUGCCUGCCUAGGGGAGGAGCAUCGAUAGAGUCUCGACCACAGUGCGUCUACAGCACACACCAUGCACGCUUUCAUUAGUCUGCUGGAAUGAAGCAUGGAAAUAUAUAAUGCACAUUUCAUAAGGCAAGGGGUUUCAAACUGAAUUUACCAGGGGCCGGAUUGCAAUUUUAUUUUAGAUUUGCCGGCCAAAAAACAUUACUGUUGUUUUUGUUUACUUUAUAUCCUGUUAGAGGAACAUUAAUUGCUGGUAUAAUUCAGCUAUAUAGAACCCAACCUGGCUCACUACAAGGUAAGGUCUUUCCUGAGGGUGACUCUUAUAUUGCAUUAGGCCAUACAGCGUGUGCAAGCAAGCCAGAAAAAAAGAUAUAAAAACAGCUUUUCCAGACGAACCUUCCCUGGAACCCUGGUUUGGCCCCAGGUCUUUCGGUUUGACACCCCUGCUAUAAUAAGGAUUUAGUUACAUUUUGCAGUCUUGCGUGUUAUGGAAGGACAGUAGAGCGUUCAUUCAAUUGAAGUCAGACAUUGACCUGGAACUCCACCCACAGUAUUGAUCCCUCCCAUCCAGGGUGUGGCUUAUGAGGCCCCGCCCACCUCUCGGUUGUGUGUAAUACUGUGGUGAAACAGAGGGGGCGGUAUCAACGAGUUAUAAAUACUGGAUCAGAAUGACAGACAGACUGACUUUUUGUGGUGGGUGCGUGCAAGAGGAAGAGACUUAAGAUUGUUUGAACUGUUACAUCGAUGAUAAAAAUGCCCAGAACUUUUUAAAUGAAGCGCUUCUUUUUACCGGCAUAUUUUCAUAUAAAACUAAAAACAAAGGUUAAAAAAAACAAAGACUGUAAAUAAACUUUAUCCUGUGAUGAACUGCUGAGACACGGUUUGGAAGAAGAUGAGACUAAAGUUCUUCUGGGUGUGUUUGAGCACAUCUUCAUCAUCAUGCCUUUUUUAUGGGGAGACGGGGUUGUUUAGUUUUUUUGGGUUGUCGGAUUGUCUGAUCCGAGCUGUACCUGUGUGAACGGACUCGCAUCACGGGUUAGUUCCUGACAGAGAGACUGAUGUGACACCCCCACACAGCAAGGGGGCGCUGCAUACAAACCACGCAGUCUUGCUUUUGGAAGACUGCUUUUAACCAGACUUUCUGAUGAUCUUGUAUGUGUUUCUUUUUUUUUUUUUAAUAAAAAAAUGAACUAGACCUCA